AUGUCGGAAGAAAAUGAAGGAAAUAAUUUUGAAGUAUCAAAAACUAGCAAUAAUUUAUUUAUUAAUCAACAAGAACAACAAACAAAUUCAAAUAAUAAUUUAUUAAUUCAACCUCAACAGCCAAACAUUUCCCUUCAAAUCCCCUUACAACAAAAUUUACUUUUCCAACCUUUAUUCUUCCAAAAUUGUCCACAACUAAAUGAAACAUUAAAUAAUAAAAUUGAGGAAUUUUCAAAUAGUAGUCAGAAUGGUAGAAAAAAAUGUCAAAAAAAGAAUCAGGUAAAAUAUAUUAGACAGUGGUUAGCUUGGGUCCUUACGGGGAAAAUUAAGCUGUAUUUAAACUUAUUUCCCUAUUUUCCCCUCUAA